AUGAGUUCCCAGGCCAGUGUGGUCUGCUUUUUGUUCCUCCUGCUGUACAUUCUGAUCGAGUCUCAGAACUCAGAUUUCCACCUGGCUGGAGACUACCUCCUGGGGGGCCUCUUCACUAUCCACGCCAACAUGAAGGGCAUCGUCCACCUCAACUACCUGCAGGUGCCCCAGUGCAAGGAGUAUGAGAUAAAAGUCCUGGGCUACAACCUCAUGCAGGCCAUGCGCUACGCCGUGGAGGAGAUUAACAACCACAGCAGCCUGCUGCCUGGUGUGCUGCUGGGUUACGAGAUGGUGGACAUCUGCUAUGUCUCCAACAACAUCCAGCCUGUGCUCUACUUCCUGUCACAUGACGACUACUUCCUGCCCAUCCAGGACAACUACAGCAGCUAUGUGCCCCGCGUCGUGGCCGUCAUUGGUCCUGACAAUUCUGAGUCCACCACAACUGUGGCCCACUUCCUCUCCCUCUUCCUCGUUCCACAGAUCACCUACAGCGCCAUCAGCGACGAGCUGCGCGACAAGCGACGUUUCCCCGCGGUGCUGCGCACCGUGCCUGGCGCGGAGCACCAGAUGAAGGCCAUGGUGCUGCUCCUGAAGCAGUACCGCUGGAACUGGAUCAUCAUGCUGGUGAGCAACGACGACUACGGCCGCGAGAAUAGUAAGGUGCUCAGCGAGCAGCUGGCGGCUGAGGGCAUUUGCAUCGCCUUCCAGGAGACCUUGCCCACCCCGCAGGCCAACCUGGCCCUGACGGCGAGCGAGCAGGAGCACCUGGUAACCAUCGUGGACAAGGUGCGUAACAGCACGGCGCACGUCGUGGUCCUGCUCUCGCCCGACCUGACGCUGCGCUGCUUCUUCCUCGAGGUACUACGCCAGAACUUUUCCGGCACCGUGUGGAUUGCCUCCGAGUCCUGGUCCAUCGACCCGGUCUUGCACAACUACUCCGAGCUGCGCCACAUGGGCACCUUCCUGGGCAUCACCACCCAGAGCGUGUCCAUCCCACGCUUCAGCGAGUUCCGGGUGCGCCAUUCCCAGGCCGGGCCGCCCACACCCAACAAGACCAGCCCGCCGUCCACCUGCAACCAGGAGUGUGACAGGUGCCUGAACAUCACGGAGUCCUUCAACAGUAUCCUCACACUGACCGGCGAGCGUGUGGUCUUCAACGUGUACUCCGCUGUUUACGCGGUGGCCCACGCCUUGCACAGUCUCCUGGGAUGCAACCAGACCAGCUGCACCAAGAAGGUGGUGUACCCUUGGAAGCUGCUUAAGGAGCUCUGGAAUGUCAACUUCACCCUGCUGGGCCAAAAGAUCUUCUUUGACGAGCAGGGAGACCUGCCCAUGGGCCUGGAGAUCAUCCAGUGGCGAUGGGACCUAAGCCAGAACCCUUUCCAGAGCAUUGCCUUCUACAGUCCUGCACAGAAGCAUCUGAUUAACGUGACUUCCAUCUUCUGGAAUACUCCCAACAACACGGUCCCUUCAUCCAUGUGCUCCAAGAGAUGCCAGGCUGGACAGAAGAAGAAGCCCGUGGGCCUCCACCCCUGCUGCUUCGAGUGCAUCGACUGCCUUCCUGGAUCCUUCCUCAACCAAUCAGAUGAAUUUGACUGCCAGCCGUGCCCCCUUUACGAGUGGUCCGACAAGAAUGACGUGGCCUGCUACAAGCGCCGGCUGGCCUUCCUUGAGUGGGAUGAGGCGCCCACCAUCGUAGUGACCUUGCUGGCCAUCCUGGGCUUCCUCUGCACCCUGACCAUCCUGGCUGUCUUCUGGAGACACUUCCAGACGCCCAUGGUCCGCUCGGCCGGGGGGCACAUGUGCUUCCUGAUGCUGGCGCCACUGCUGGUGGCAUACCUGGCGCUGCCCGUGUACGUGGGGCAGCCCACGGUCUUCACCUGCUUCUGCCGCCAGGGCCUCUUCACCCUCUGCUUCACCAUCUGCAUCUCCUGCAUCACCGUGCGCUCCUUUCAGAUCGUCUGUGUCUUCAAGAUGGCCCGGCGCCUCCCUCGCGCCUACAGCUACUGGGUCCGCUGCCAUGGGCCCUACGUCUUCGUGGUGGCCAUCACCUCGCUCAAGGUGUUCAUCGUGGUGAGCAACGCGCUGGCCGCGACCUUCAUCCCCACCGCCCGCGCUGACCCCGACGACCCCAAGGUCAUGAUCCUCUCCUGCAACCCCAACUUCCGCAAAGGGCUGUUGCUCAACACCAGCCUGGACCUGGUCCUCUCGGUGGCGGGCUUCAGCUUCGCCUACAUGGGCAAGGAGCUGCCCACCAACUACAACGAGGCCAAGUUCAUCACCCUGAGCAUGACCUUCUAUUUCAUCUCGUCCACCACCCUCUGCACCUUCAUGUCCGUCUAUGAGGGUGUGCUGGUCACCAUCCUGGACUUUGCGGUCACGGUGCUCAACCUCCUGGGUAUCAGCCUGGGCUACUUCGGGCCCAAGUGCUACAUGAUUCUGUCCUACCCAGAGCGGAACACGCCUGCCUACUUCAACAGCAUGAUCCAGGGCUACACCAUGAGGAAGACCUAG